AUGUCGCAAGAAAUCAAUGAAACAGUAAUGUGCACCAAGGACUUGAUGGAAGUGGAAAUCCCCAAAUAUUUCUUCUUAAUGAAGAAUCCUCCAGUGUAUAUUUGGGAUUUACAUCUGAAUAAUCCUGAAUGCCAUGGGUUGGAGACUGAAGAUUUCUACGUGUUCAGAGUAAAGACCAAUCUUUCAGAUUGUGGCACCAUUAUGACUUCAGAUGAUCUGUACAUCAUGUUUAGUAAUACAAUACAGAACAACAGCUCUGCCAUUAUCACCAGAAACUACGUCAACAUCACAUUUGCCUGUAGAUACCCAAUGAACUAUAUUGUACAGCAGCUCAAUGCUGAAAACAAGAUAAGUAUUGACAUCAGAACUAUUACAUUGAAUACUGAAGAUGGGAACUUCUCUAUUUCAAUGAUACUUUUCAAAGAUGAAAGUUAUAAGGAGAAAUGGACGACUGUCCCUUUUCUGAGUCUGGAAGAUAACAUUUAUGUGAAAGUCAACAUGAUUCCAACUCAUUUAUUGUUGCGUCUCGAAAAGUGCUGGGCAACACCAACUAAAAAGCCCCAUCAUAACAUUCAGUUCAUCUUUAUUAAAGACAGCUGCCCAGAGGUUUCAACUGAACGCACCCUUUUGGUGAAAACAAAUGGCCAAGGUUCUGAGGCCAUGUUUCGUAUCCAGAUGUUUAAGUUUGUUGGCGACUCCUACAAAGAUAUCUUCCUACACUGCCAUGUUCAAAUAUGUCACAACACAGCUGCCCUGUGCCAGCCUAAUUGUAGUAGUUCAGAGAAGGUGACAAGGAUACGGAGAGAUCUGACUUCAUUGCACAUUGUUUCUUAUGGACCCAUCAGUCGAAAAUCAACUAAGAAAACAUCGGCAAAUCCAGUUUUAGGCAUUGAAUUCCAGAUUCUAACAGCUCACUGUGUAAAAAUGACUCUUGAAUAUUACUGA